AUCCAAAGAAGUUAAGGAAAAGAUAGCUGAUCAAGCUAAAGAAAAAGCUGUUGGUCCUAAUAUGAAUGCAGUAAAAUUUACAGCUAUGGAAAGAUUAUUAGGAGAAAUUAUAGGUGAUAUUGGUGACCGUGUGAAAUUGACCCGGAAAAAAGGAAACAUGGACCAAAUUAAAAAAGUUUUGAGAAAUCUUACAGUAGAAUUCACUAAUUUUGCCAGAGCAAGUGUUGAUCCAAAUGAAAAAAAAUUUUGUCCAUUGAUUGAAGACUUUUGUUCUGCAAAAACUGGACCAAACAAUUACUUGGAGUUUUUUAAGUCCAUCUUGAACCUAAAUGUAGAGAUACAAUUUAAUUGAAAUAAUAGAACUACGAUUGAAUAUUUUGUUUAAUCAUAUUAAGAUUAAUAUUAAUUAAAUUGUAUAAUACAAUAUUAUAUCUUAUUAUAUAAUAUUUUCAUGAUUUUAAUUAUAAAUAGGUUCAUACUAUUAUAAUUACUAAUAAAAUAAAUGUGAUGUUUUCGGAAAAAAAAAA